AUGGCCAACAAGAAAUUAACUCGAGUAGGGUUACCACAGGAUCUGUGUGACCGGUUGAAUAGACAUCAGAUUGUUACUUGUCAGGAUUUCCUAUGCCUUUCCCCCUUGGAGCUCAUGAAAAUGACUGGCCAGAGUUACCAGGGUGUCGGUGAGCUUCUUUACACAAUUAGCAGAGCCUGUGCCCCUCAAAUGCAAACUGCUUAUGGAAUGAAAUUCGAGAAAUCUGGUGAUCUUUCUUCAGCUUUCUUAGCCACAACUCUUACCAGAUUAGAUGAAGCCCUCCACGGAGGUGUGCCUUGUGGCUCACUCACAGAGGUUACAGGUCCAUCAGGUUGUGGCAAAACCCAGUUUUGUAUGAUGAUGAGUGUUUUAGCUACGUUGCCCACAGUUAUGGGAGGAUUAGAAGGGUCUGUUAUAUAUAUUGACACAGAAUCAGCAUUUAGUGCAGAAAGAUUAAUCAGGAUAGCAGAAUUCCGUUUCUCCAGCUUUUUCAACACUGGUGAAAAAUUACUUUCAAUGAGCAGUAAGAUUCAUUUGUAUCAGGAACUUACUUGCAACGAUGUACUAAAAAGGAUUGAAUCUUUGGAGGAAGAAAUUAUCUCCAAGGGAGUUAAGCUUUUGAUUAUUGAUUCUGUUGCUUCUGUGGUCAGAAAGGAGUUUGAUACACAACUUCAAGGGAAUAUGAGAGAGAGAAGUAAUUUUUUGGCAAGAGAAGCAUCAUUAUUGAAGUAUUUGGCUGAGGAAUUUUCAUUAAUCGUAAUUUUAACUAAUCAAAUUACAACUCAUCCGAGCAGAGACCUCACUACUCAGGCAGACCUGGUGUCUCCAGCCGAUGAUUUGUCCCUGUGGGGAGGUACUUCUGGAUCCAGUUGUGUGAUGGCUGCUCUGGGGAACACUUGGAGUCACAGUGUCAAUACCAGAUUGAUUCUCCGGUAUCUUGACGCAAAGAGAAGACAGAUUGUCAUUGCCAAGUCUCCACUUGCUCCAUUCUCUGUGUUCAAUUAUACCAUCGAGGAAGCUGGUCUGGUUCUUCAAGGGUGUUUUUUUGGGGAGGAGGGUGUUUGCAGAUGCUGAAGGAGACUAAAUGCUUUCAAGAUUCUACGUUUUGGUUCCCUUAACGACUUCUAAGAACUGAAGUAAGCAGAACCAGAAAAACAAUAUGCACAAUAUCUAUUACACUGUAAAUGGAAAAAGCAAAAAAUAAAGUGAACACUGUGUAAUUAUCAUGA